AUGUUAGUAUAUAUGAAAUUAAAGAAUAAAAAUUUUAAUUUAAAAUUGCUACUAAUUUUUUUUUUAUUAGUAAAGGCAUAUUAUUUAAAAAAGAUUAAAUGUUUAAGAAAAAAUUAUGAUCUAAAUUUAAUUAUAAGAGAUAAAACAUUUUUUUUAGCUAAUAAAAAUAAAAAAAUUUAUACUAAAAUUUUUUAUGGAAGAAAUAGAAAAAGUAAUACAAUUUUUUAUAAGAAGGGCAAUUACUUAUUUAAAUGGUUUAAUUUAGCAAAUCGCGAAAAUAUUAAAAAAAAGAAAAAUGAUUUUUUCUUAAAUUUCUAUAAUAAAAAACAAAAGAAAAUAAUAUUAUAUGAGCGUAUAAAUACAAUAGAAAAUAAUACAUUAGAUGAUCAAGAUAGUAAACUGGAUAAUUUAAAUGAUGAAAUAUUUUUAGAUAGCGAAGAAAAAAAUUCAAAUGAAGAAUUAAAUAAUGAAUCAAAAAUAAAUAAAAAUAUUAAAAAGAAUAAAAAAAGACAUUAUAAAUUUACAUCAUGGAAUAAUACAAAAGAAAUCAAUAAAUUUGAUUUAGAAAAAUAUAAUAUAGAUAAUGAAUUAACUAAUGAUGAAUCACAGAAAUAUCACUCAGCAUAUUACUCAUUUGUAAUCAAUAAUUCCAAUGAUACUAAUCAUUUAAACAUAAAAAUAAAUAAGGAAUUAGUAAAUUCACUAUCUGUUGAAGAAUUACUGAAUGUUUUGAUAAAAUACAAUGAAAAUUCAAGCAAACAAAAAAAAAAAAACAUUUUUAAUGAAGUUAACAUUGUAACAGCAUAUCACAGGAUAGCUAAACAUGUGAGAAAUAAAAAUUUUUAUCAGAAAAAAAACCUGAAUCAAGAAAAUGAAACUGAUAGUUAUUUUGAUCCUGUGACUUUUAGUUUGUUUGAAAAUUAUUCUAAUGUUAGUGAUAUAGAAGAAAAGUCAAAUAUUACUUUUAAUUCUUCUUAUGAUAAUAACAAAGUAGAUGAAAACACAGAGAAUCACUCUAAUGAAAGUUCAAAAAAACAUAUAAAUGAAGUUAAAUUAGAAGAUAAAAGUGAAAACAGUGGGAACACUGAAAGGAGUAAUGAAGAAAAUUAUAGUGAAAAAAGUACCUUUCUUACAGAAGCUAAUAGUAGUAAUGUUAAGAUAAAUGAUAAGGAUAAUAAAAUAAAAAAAAAUAAAGAUUUUAUGUAUAAUAAUCAUGAAAAUUUAUCUAAUAUAAAAAUAUACAGUUAUAUAUAUGAAUUAUUAAAGAACAAUUUAGUAGAUAAUUCUAACGUUAUUACUAAACAUGUAGCUAAUAUUGCAUGGGCUUCUGCUAUUUUAUCAAAUAAAGAUAUGGUAGUAUGGUCAAAUAUAAAAAAACAAUUUUAUGAAAACAUUAAUAGCUUCAAGGCACAAGAAUUAUCAAUUAUCAUAUGGUCAUUUAGUGCAACAAAAAAUGAACUUAUCAAAACGAAAGAAGAAUUCAUAUUGUUGUAUAAUUGUAUAAAAAAAUAUAUUAAUGAAAAUAAAUUUAAAGCACAAGAAUUUAGUAAUAUAAUAUGGUCAUUUGGAAUUUCAAAAUAUUGUAACCUUGACUUAUUAAUUAUUUUAUAUAAUUAUGCAUUAAAAAUUUUUGAUAAAUUAUUAUUAAAAGAUAUAUCAACUGUUUUGUAUAGUUUAUCUAUUUUUGCUUCUGAUUGUAUAAAUCAGAAUAUCUUGGAGACUAUUAAAAAAAGACAUUUUGAUUUAUAUAAUAUUCACGAAGACUAUUUAACAAUAAGAAAAACAGAAAAGAAAGAAAAUCAGGAAAUAUUUAACUGUGAUAAGUUUUAUUUUUUUAAUCAUGCCGUUAAUAAUUAUGAAAAUCCAACGGAAAAUAAUUUAAUAGAAGAUGAUAAUGCAAAUGAUAAAAAAUAUGUUUUCUUUUUAUUAUUUGAAAAUUUCCUAAAGUUUUCUUUAAAAAAAAUUAAUAAUGAAAAAGAUAAAAUGACUAUGAGAAGUUGGUCAAAUAUAUUUUGGUCUUGUGCUAAUGUUGGAUUAGGUUUAUAUAAAGAUAUAUAUUCAGAUCAUAAAGAUUUGAAGUAUUAUAUUUAUAUGAAAAGUAAUGAAAUAAAUGGUGAGGCAGUAGGAAAUGUAAAUAUUAAUAUUUUAAAUACAAACAAUAAGGAUAAUAAAAAUAUUAUACAUUAUAAAAAAGAGAAUGAUUCUUUGUAUUAUAUUUUUUUAAACCAUCACAAUUAUGAAUGCUUACAUACUAAUGUAGUUUAUGAAGAAGAUAAAAGUUUAUCUAUUGAAAAAGUCAACUAUUUUUUUGAUUGCAAACCAUAUGUUCAUAUUAUUAACAAGGAAUAUAUUUUUCCUGCAAUUUCUUAUAUCCAUGAUGACGAAUAUAAAAUUGAUGAAAAACAGAAAAAUAAAUUUAGUUUAAAUAUUGAUUUAGAUAUUUUUAAUAAUAACAAAAAUAAAAUAGAAAUAAAUGAUCACAAUUAUAAUAAAAUUAUGAAAAGUAAUAUUCCUACAGAUGAAAACUUAAUAAAUGAUGCAAAAAAAAAGGAAAAUAAAUUUAAUUGCAUAAAUAAUCAAAUGGACAAUAGCUUCAAUAUAAAUGAGGAAAUAAAUUUAACUUCUAACAAUAAGCUAUCUACGAAUAAUGGAAUUAAAUGUAUUAAUGGUAAACAAAGUACCAUUGAUAAAAAUUCAAACAGCGAUAUUUUAUAUAAAAGUAGUAAUUUAAAUUCAAGUUUAAAUAAUGUUAACAAUUCUAACUAUUUAAAAAUUUUCAAUAUAUUAAAUGAUGAAGAAAAUAACAUAUAUAACGAAACAAAUAAUAAUAAUAUGGUCCUAACAUUAUUAGAAUUAUUUCAAUCUCAACUAAAAGAAAAAAUUAUUAAAUGGAAGAAAUGUGAAACUCAAUCAAUAGCUAAUAUAUUAUGGAGUUUGUCAGUAUUAAAUGUUUUUUCAAAAAACAUUUUUGAAAAUGGUUUAAGUGAAUGCAACAAAAGAUUUAUAAAAAAUAGUAGAAAAAGGAAUUCUAAUAAACUACAAAAGUACAUAUCACAAUUACAUCAAUCCCAGUUGUAUCAAGCGUCUUUUUCUUUUUGCUUGUACAUAUUAAAUAGUGAAAAAAAUUCAAAUAAGUUAUUAAAAAGUCAUCAAGAUAUAAGUAAUUGUAGCUUGAAAAGUAUUGACACAAAGAAAAAAAUACAACUUAUUUUUGAAAAAUAUUUUAAUGUUUCAAUAACUACUUUAAAUAUAUGGAGAAAACAAUUAGCAAGAAAUCAAAGAAAAGAAGAAAAAAAUCAAAUAUCUUCGUCUGCUCAUAAAAAAAUAUCUGAUGAAUUAAAACAACUGAAUAUUUUUCAUUAUAAUGAAUAUUUUUUAUUUGAUUCAAUCCUUGUUGAUAUUUAUAUACCUCAUUCAAAAAUUGUUAUAGAAAUUGAUGGACCUAGUCACUUUUUUCAAAAAGGUAAAAAAAUUAUUUAUAAUCCAAAUUCCUUAUUUAAGAAAAGGUUAUUGAGAGCUCUUGGUUUUGUUGUUAUUUCCAUUUCAAUUAGUAAUCAUACAUUUAUGUUUAGUAGCUUAAAUACAAUAAAUUUCAUUAAAAAGAUUUUAAAUAAAGUUAAUUAUAAUAUAUAA